AUGGCAGAAAAUAAAAGCAGCUCAAGCGGGGAGGAGAAACCAGUAGACAAGUCACCGAUGAGUCAAUGUUACGAAAAUUAUAUCCUCGUUGACGUGGGCGCAAAUAUGACCAACAAAAAGUACAGUCGUGAUCUAGACAGUGUAAUCCAACGAGCUAAGGAUGCUGGAGUACAGAAAAUAAUGGUAAUCGGAGCAAGUGUACGUUCGAGUAAGGAAGCGUUGCGCUUGACAAGAAUAUACCCAGGUGUCCUCUAUUCAACAGCUGGAGUUCAUCCUCACGACGCAAAAUCUUGGGAAGACUCAGACACAUUGAAUGAACUCGAGAGCAUCGCCAGUAAUCCAGAGUGUGUCGCUAUCGGAGAAUGCGGUCUUGAUUACAAUCGAGACUUCUCAGAUCCAGAAACGCAGCGCGCUGUUUUUCACAAACAAAUAGAAUUAGCUUGCCGACUAAACAAACCGCUGAUUGUUCAUGAGCGUGGAGCACAAGCAGACGUAUUAGAGGUACUGAGUCAUUAUAAAAAUCGUUUGCCACCGGUAAUGAUUCAUUCGUUCGUCGGGAUGGCUGAUGAAGCACAAUUAUAUAUCGAUCAAGGUUUUUACAUUGGUAUCACUGGUUAUUUGUGUAAAGAUAAAUCGGACAGCGGUGUUCGACAAAUUCUUGAGACUGGCAAUGUGCCAUUGGAUAAAAUAUUAGUUGAGACUGAUGCACCAUUUAUGUAUCCUAAUACUAGAGCUAGCAAACUUCCAAGUCAUGUAAAAGAAGCAUUAACCGAAAGGUCAAUGACUUUUCUUCAUCGUUAUUGCACUUUUCAACGUAAUGAACCUUGUGCCUUGCCGGCAAUUGUCGAAAUGAUAGCUGCUUUUAUGAAUAAAUCACCAGAAGAAGUAGCUUUAGCCACUGCUUUUAACGCUCUUAAGCUAUUCGGCUUAACUCAAUAA